AUGGCCCGACAAGUCGAAAGACGAGUUGUGGUGAACGAAUGUCCAGCUCGAGCUUGGGGGGAAAGGACGGAUCACGCAACUAAAGCGCAGAAGGAUCCGAUGACGAGAGCGACCAUGGAGGGCAGAGCGGCGGCGCGGACGGAGGAAGACUUGGCGUUGGUGUUAGCAGAGCCGUUGGUCUUGAAUCUGUUGCCGUUGAUGUCGGCGUUCAUGCUGGAGUUCUUGGAGGACGCGUUGGCGUUGGAACUGGAGUUGUUCGAGGUGUUGGCUGGUGGCGACGAUUCAAGGUUGCCGCCGGGGGACGUGCCGUCUUCCCGGCGAGGGGAUAGUCCCCAGGAAAGCGCCCGUUGGGCCGUUUGGCAGCGCCAGCCGAACAAUGCUCCUUCACUCCGCAUAGAGGCACGGGUGGCUUCCGCUGCUCUGACCUACAAUCGAAGUCCACUUUCGAGAGUGGCCUGCCGCCGCAGAGGCGUGCAAGACGUAAAGGCGAGGCCAUGA